AUGACGGCCCUCUCUGUGUUCAAUUAUUUCCCACAGCUACCUGUCGAGCUCAGGCUGCGCGUGUGGGAACUUGCCCUGCCAACUCAGCGGUUCAUCACGCUUCAUCUUGUCGACUUCGCCGUGCAAGAGACUCCCGAGAAAAAGCGGGACACCAACGACGAUGGCGGCGCAGAAACAACUGAAGGUGCCAGCCAGCAGAAAAGGUGGAAGCCAGGGUCCCGAAGGGAUAUACAGGCAACGAGAGACGUCGAAGCUCCCUGCGGGCCCAACUCACAGGCUUCCGAGUACUUCUACACGCUACACUUGCCCAAGCCCAUGGAUUCUUCUGUGCUCUUCCGCGUCAGCAAGGAAGCCGCCGCGGUCGCGGCAGCACGGUACCGGCUGGCCCUGCGCUAUCGUCCGACACAAAGCCACAGCGAAGGCCAGGCUGCCUGCCGUUCUGCAGUGCUCCCUCUCGACCCCAAGACGGACACUGUCUACAUCACACUCUGCGACAUCGGCACUGGCGACCAGUCCACCGCACUGCUGUCCUUCUUGUGGGACUGUCUCGUCUACGACCCUCGUGGCCUUGGCCUGGCACACCUGGCCAUUCCCAUAACAACGGGCCACGAGUACCCAAACGGGCUGCGGAGGCGGCAAUGA